AUGAUUGCCACUAGAGUGGAAUUUGCACUUAGUGCCUUCUUCCAUAGAUAUUGUUCAAUAAACCGAUGCCUGGCUGCUGUGGCGGAUGCUGUGGAGGUUGCUGCGGACCAUGCUGUAGUCCGUGCUGCGGACCAUGCUGUAGUCCGUGCUGCGGCCCUUGUUGUUCACCGUGCUGUUGCGGCCCCUGUUGUGGGGGAUGUUGCGGAGGCUGUUGUGGAGGAUGCUGCUGUUAACGAAAGAUCAGCAGCUGGUGUGCGUGCGGUCUUCUCUACCAUUUGUCAUGUGGUUUAG